GACGAUGGCCCCCUCUGGGUGAAGUAUGUUGAGAAAGCCCAGGAGCAUGAUGAUGCUCUGUUCAAGAGGUGGAACGAGGAGAUCGACGUCUUUCUAAUCUUCACUGGCCUGUUCUCCGCUGUUCUCUCAGCCUUCAUCAUCGCUUCAAUGGCGUCGCUUCAACCGGACAGCGGUCAGGCCACUGCAGAUGGUCUCGCUGCUAUCUCUGCCCAGCUCGUUGCUCUCUCUGGUGGGACUGUACCUCCAACGUCAGCUUUCCAAUCUGCCCCAUUUCAGAUCUCUGCUUCAACUCUGAUCGUCAAUAUCCUAUGGUUCAUCAGUCUCUUCGUUAGCCUCCUCUCUGCCGUUGCGGCUAUGCUGGCCAAGGAAUGGCUAAGGGAAUACAACGAACAUGUCUCUUGUGUUCCACGGGAGCGAGUCCUGCAGAGGCAGCUUCGGUUCGAGUGUCUUAAUGCGUGGAAGGUACCUUCCAUAAUCUCGUUCCUGCCGUUGGCGAUCCACGGCGCUGUCUUUCCCUUCUUCACCGGUCUGGUCGUCUAUGCUCAGUCUGUCAGUUGGGUGCUCUUUUCAAUAAUCGUGCUCACUGUGCUCGUCGUUGCAUUCGCCUUGUAUACCGGGUCGGCCAUGGCGCCGAUACUUUGGGUC